AUGGAAGACUUAACAGGAAUAGAUGUUAAUGAUGCUGUGUUCAUGCGUUCAACUAUUAGUACGUUAUCUAAUUCUAACUCCAUGUCACGGUUACAAUAUUCUAUUCCAGUUGAUUCCUAUGGAAGUAGUUCUUCAACUCAUGCCUUCCAACAGAGUACUGAUAUGAAUAAAUCCAUUGUGCCAAACAUUACUUCUAACAGUGAAGAUUAUUGGGAAGCAGGAGAUCCUACUUUUGUUUGCGAGAAAUGUGGAGCACAUAUGUGGUACGAGGAGAGGAAUCAAAAAGAUCGUAAACCCAUCACACCAGAGUUUAGUUUGUGCUGCGUAAAUGGAAAAGUGAAACUUCCUUUGUUAAAACUUCCUCCUGAUGCGUUGCUUAAAUUGCAUGAUAAUUCAAAUGUCAAGAGCCGCCACUUUUUACGGAAUAUUCGAGCAUACAAUAUGAUAUUUUCCUUCACCUCCUUUGGAGCAAAAGUGGACGAAUCAGUGAAUCAAGGUUCUGGCCCUUAUUAUUUUAGAGUUGGGGGACGAGUGCAUCAUUUAAUAGGCAACCUCAUUCAAGCUGACAACCAUACUCCAAAAUUUGCUCAGCUAUAUAUAUAUGAUACUGACAAUGAAGUGGACAACAGAUUGGGUUGUUUAAGUAAUGUAAAUAGUGAAGAUAUGCUUGAUCUUGAUAUUGUCCGAUCAUUGAAGGAAAUGUUAGAUGAACACAACAGUAUUGCUCAAUCUUUUAGGUAUGCUAAAGAUCGAUAUAGGGAAGAUGACUUCAGUAGAGUGAAGUUGAGGCUGAUUCAAAAGCGUGGCAGUGAUGGUAGAGUUUAUAAUCUUCCCUCUGCAUCAGAGGUUGCUGCUCUAAUUGUCGGGGAUAUAGACAGCGCAUUGGGUGAUAGGGAUAUUGUUGUUGAGACACAAGGUAGAGUUUUGCAGCGUAUAGAUGUCAAGCAUCCAUUGUAUCUUGGUUUGCAGUAUCCUUUGUUAUUUCCUUAUGGUGAAGAUGGUUAUCGUGAUGAUGUCGAGCGAUCUUAUAUAUCCCGAGGUAGGACGAAUCCAAGAUCCACUGUUAGCAUGCGAGAAUUCUUUUCGUUCAGGAUUCAAAUAAUAUCAGGAGAGUCCCAAAUUCUCCAUCACUCAAGGAAGCUUUUUCAGCAAUUUUUGGUUGAUGCUUACACUAUGUUUGAGUCUGAUAGGCUGAAUUUUAUUCGAUAUAACCAGAGUCAUCUCAGGGCAGAGUUAUACAAAAAUAUAAAAAAUGCAUUUGACAGGGGUGAAGAUGAAGCUAUAAAUACUGGAAAGCGUAUAAUUAUUCCAUCUUCGUUCACAGGCGGACCUAGAUAUAUGGCUGAGAAUUGUAAAGAUGCCUUUGCAAUUUGCCGUUGGGCUGAAUAUCCUCAUCUGUUUAUAACGAUCACCUGCAAUCCUAAGUGUCCAGAGAUUACCAGAUUUCUUAAGGCAAGAAACCUUAACACUGAAGAUCGUCCUGAUAUUCUUUGCAGAGUAUUCAAGUUCAAAUUGGACCAAUUGCUACAUGAUUUAAAAAAUGGUCAUUUUCUUGGCACAGUUAAUGCACGUGUUUGUACAGUUGAAUUUCAGAAACGUGGACUGGCUCAUGCUCAUAUUCUACUUUUUUUGCAUCCCUUCGCAAAGCCUAAUACUGGACUAAAAAUUGAUAAUUUGAUUUCAGCUGAAAUUCCUAACAAAGAUUCCAAUCCUUCACUUUUUGCAGCUGUCACGAGUUACAUGAUGCAUGGACCAUGUGGUCCUGACAAUUACAAGUCUCCUUGCAUGAAGAACAGACAUUGUUCAAAGAAAUUUCCCAAGAAGUUCUGCUCCCGUACUUUUAUUGAUGAUGAUGGAUUCCCUCAUUAUAAAAGAAGAAAUAAUGGGAGUGUUGUAAAAAAAAGUGGCGUCGAACUUGAUAACUGUUAUGUUGUGCCGUAUAAUGCAAAGCUUCUUUUAAAAUAUCAAGCGCAUAUCAACGUUGAAUAUACUUGUCAGAGUAAUGCCAUUAAAUAUCCUUUUAAAUACAUACAUAAAGGGCAAGACAGGGUGACAACUGCUAUAAAUCAUUCAGAUGAUGAAAUCAAAAUGUUUUAUGAUUGCAGGUAUGUAUCCGCGUGUGAAGCUGCUUGGAGAAUAUUUAGAUUUGAAAUUCAUUACAGAUUCUCACCUGUUCAGAGAUUGCCGUUUCACCUACCCAAUGAAAAGACCGUUGUUUUUAGUGAUCAUGCUUCAAUAUGUCAUGUCAAGACUAUGGCAGAAACUAGACAAUCAAUUUUCGAGUCUUGGAUGGAUGGAAAUAAAAAAUAUCCAGAAG